AUGAGUGGAAUCGUGAAUCCAGCUGUCCAAUUUUCCAAACCGGUGGUGGAAAAGCCCGAAGGCGUAUAUCCGUUGAAUGGAGACGAUCCUUUUGCCGGCCCUCCAUCGUCGGCAACGGGAACAAGCCAGACGUCUGCUUCCUCGAAUUCCAAGCAAUAUAUAUAUCCGGAUUUCAAGGUGUGGCAGCAUACUCAGGAUGAUGAUAUCAGGAUGAGAAACUAUUUGCAGAAGGGUUAUUUCGAGCCUCCUCUGGUGAGCAACGAGUUUCUGUCAGCCAGAACCACCAUGACUACGCUGCUUCAUUCAGAGACCGCUACAAGGCCCACCACCUCCGCAACCGCUGGUUCAUUUGACGGGAUAGAACAUUCAUCGAGUGGAGACACUGGUAUCUCGAGCAACGGAGCAUCUAUCACCGCCCCGUCUACAGCACCCACAUCUGGUACACCUGUUCCAACAUCUGGUAACAAUCCGAAUGUGAAACUUGUGGCUCUGAGCGAGUUCAUGAUCAAAGCCAUUAAUCAAAGACGAAAUCUCAGCAAGAUUCGGGCAAAAACCACCUACAAACCACCACCAAGAGUGACUCUUACAGAUAACAAAAAGGAGAAGUGGAUAGAGAACCUUGCCGAUUCUAAAGUUAGCCUCAAGCAACUUUCUAGGGCAAUACCGCACGGAAUACGGAACAGAGUGUUGUUGGAACAAUGCAGUCAGAAUUCGGUCCCCAUACCCAGAGCCCUGUGGUUAAUAAGAUGCGUUUCCACAAACGAGCAGAGACAGCUGAAGAGGAAAGGUACCGCUGGAAAUGCAGCGGCAUUGACCAACAAUUGGAUAAUUGAAUGGACAGAACAAGUCACGUUGUAUAUCGAGAAAGUGGCAGAAAACUGUUUCAAUCCAAACGCAAACGCUAAUUGGCGAACGCGAUUGACCUAUAUCACCAGACUGAGUGCCCAUCUUUACAUGGAAGCAUUGCUGAACCAGGAGACCUUUUUGGCGUGGGUGGUGAGAAGCCUCGGCAGGUUUGUGAACUCUUCUGUGGAAACCUCACUCUCUACUGCCAAAACUUCGCUGCUGGACUUCAAGUACCUGUCCACCCAUGUCAUCUUUCUGAGACUGUUCUGGUUCAAGAUCAUUAAGGUGGAUUACCUUUCCAAGGAGCUUGCAGAAUUACUUCUUCGUAUCUCUUCUGCCUUGACGGAUACAAUCGCAGCAACAAAAUCACACCCUAAUACUUCCAGAAAGGAUAUUCACGAACCAGCGAACAAGCUUCUUUCGUCGAUUAAUUUCUUCAUUACUUACCUGUUCUACUACAACUCUGACUCCUUCAUCAUCCCUACAACAUGGGUACACCUGAAGAGUGCUCUAAAGAAGGUGAUCGAUAUGAAUAAUACAGCAAUCAGCGAACAGUUCAAACUGGUCUCGUACAGAAACGAGUCUUUGAUGAUCGAUCUUCCAGCUGAUGACGAGUCGAACCAGAAUCUGGGCACCAGUUCUGUUAUAAUAUGGAAGCUGGAUAACUUCGAAAGGCCUGAUGUGGGCAUACCGGGACUGUCUGAUAUGGUUUUCUAUAGCACGCGAGACGGAAACGAUUCGAAUGAGUCCUGGAAAAAGAAUUUGAAGCUCAUGUUAGAGUGGUCAGUCACGGGAUACAGGUGCUCUGAUAUCAAAAGAGUUUCUCUCGUUGUGAGUAUCCUUCAGUGGAGAUUGCUUCAAAUAGCUCAAAAUGGAAGAGGAAAAAAGUAUAAAGCUAUGAAACUGGAAUUGGAGGUUGAGAUUUUGGACUUUAUCUAUGCGCUUAAUGAUAGAGUUAAAUUCGACCUUCCGCAACUACUGCCUAUGUCACCUCUGAGUGACGUUGACAACUUAAGGAACGACAUCAACUUUGAAAAUGUUUUUGUGCUGGUUAGCGAGCUUUAUUACCAUGACUUGUUCGUGGUCUCAUCUUAUGUGAGGAGGCUUAUUGCAUCCGGUGUAAUUUACUUGCAAGAUGCGAACUUGGCUUGCGGAUUCCAUACACUCAUUUUGAAAUCUCUCCCGACGUUGAGUGAUACCAACGUCAACAACAUUCUGAAAGGGUUGACUUCUGUGAAGUUUCCCGGUUCAGAAUCGGAUGCGCUUGUGAAAGAGGUGAGACACAAGGUAUUUCUUUAUCUUAACAGCAGAAAACAAGAUACUGGCACUUUGAAUUCACCUGCUAUCUCCAUUGAACCUCGUAUGGACCAGAAUUUCAACCUGGUUGAUGCUCUUGAACUGACUGACCAACUUGAGAUUGGAAUGCGGUUCAUAUUGGCAAAGGAGUCUUCUCAGAAACUCUAUGAUCUGGUAACACAAUGCAGUGGCACCUCUAACAAAAUUCGCCUGAGUCUUAGUGAUGUAUCCUCACUGUAUCGGUUGUUUGAGAAAAUGUACAACCUACACCUUUUCCUGGACAUGAUGGUAUCUUCACUUGAUAUGUACGGUGACUGUUUUGAGAUAGACCUUUGGACGGUGAACUUCAUCAUCUCCAUUGUUUUUUCUAACCAUGAUAUUCUUGCUAGAAGAGUUGCAUCAAAUACAGAGUUAUAUCCAUCUGCAUUAGAGGAAAAAGUUGCACGGAUACUGUCCAUGGCCAGCAAGUACGAUGGAAUGUUCAAAUCGAUUGACACAAGACCUAUACAGGACACCUACUUGCAGUCGGAAGAUGUCAAGAGGGAUUUGAAGGUUUUCAGAAACGAACAAAAGCAAAACGCUACUCAAACUGAGAAAGCGGAAUUGUCGAAACUUCCACUGGAACCACUGCAAGCUCUUGGAAUAAAUUCUGCAGAAAGACUGCUAAAUCCUUCUGAGUUCUCUCAGCACGUUAUUCAAGUGAUCAGCCAUUACUGGAGCAUUGUUAGGUCUGGGGAUAGAUCAACGAGACUGGAUCUCUCAAGGCUACUCAAAGCUCUGAAAUCCGCGAAGCAAUCGGAGUUCAGCUCCAUUCUGAACCAACAUAUCAGGAAGACAAUUGCACCUACACUCUCUAUAGAGUUCGAUGUAAAUGUCAAGUUCAUCGCCAGACUAAUUGUUGAUCAGAUUUUGAGCUUUGAAGAUGCAUGCGAGGCAUUUGCACCUCAUACUAAUGACGACAAUCUGGAUGCUUCGUCUGGCCAAAGGCUGGUCUGGAGUUUGCUGUUGAACACAAAUCGCUAUGAGAAGAGCGCCUUCUCUUUGGAAGCUUGCGAGUCAAUUGUGUUUGAACUUGCAAGGAAGGACUUCCAGGAAAAGAAAGUUGACGAAUAUGUCAGUUUACUCAUCCGAAACUGUCGUGUUCAUUCCGGGAUGUCUUCCAUGGUUGGUGAUCUUGCCAACAUCGAUGAAUCUGCUCACACGCCUGGAGUGGUUGAUCAACAUCGUGAACAUCAGUCCGCUCUAUCAGCAUCUGUUGAUCAUCUCCCAACCCCAGUUUCCAACAGCAUGACCACACCGCUACCCAUGGUGACUAGCCCUAUGGUUGUUGAUGACCUUGGUGGGAAUUUAACUGAAAUUGCUGAACCAUGUCGUGAAGAGCUGAUUAGGGUUUUGAGGGUAAUGGCUGUAAAGGACACUUCAAAAACGUUGAAAUGGGUGCAAUCAGAGUACUCAAACGGACAGGGAAUAUCCAAACCUCAACUGAUUGAGCUUUUCAAUCAAAUGUUGGUUGAUGAAGCCCCAGUAACACAGGCAAAAGAUACCAACAGAUUGGUUGGAGUUCUCAGCUACUUCAAUCUGCCAAUCUGUCAGUCCUUGGUCAAGAUGAUAUUCGAUGAGGAAUUCAAACAUUCAUCAAACGACGAAGAACAAAGCUCCUAUCUUUCGGAAAUUAUAUCUUCUGUGCUGAUAGAAGCUGUGAAAUGGGACACUAAUGACUACUGGAAAGACGAUGUCUCUCUUUUGGGUGACCUUUUCAAGUUUGUUGCUCCUCCGCUGAAGCUGAAGCUGUUACAUUGCUGCGAAGAGAUUUUACUUGGUUCUGAUGUAUUCCCAAAAGUUGUCAUUGGUGAAGCCCGAUCAAAUGUUAGCGUGAUACCUUUAUUGGGCAGUAUGAUCAGCAGUUGCUCAAAAUUUUCGUACAUUGAUGGGCCUGGUUCUGGCCGCUUCAAGCCUGGUUUCAUCCCAUUGUCCGAUUCCCUGGUGUUCUCAUUGAAUUUGUCUUUGGAGAAGCUGAUGUAUUACUGUCAAAAGUCGCAACUUCAGAAAAGCAUGUCCAAACCCAAAUCAACAGGCGGAAUAGAUACAGAAUCUUCUUCUUCAUCAGAUUCAGAAGGGGAUGAAGAAAUUGACACCUCUAUCGCUCUGCUUGCAAGAAUCAUUCUGAUACAUAAAGGAUUCCUGGUGGACUUGGUGAUGAAAAGAUCCAUCAACUUACAGACAGAUGUGUUUCUACAAAAUCUCACAAAGCUGUUUACAAUGGAGAUCAUAGAUUCAAGUUUCAAGCUGAAGAACUUGCUGUAUGACAUUCUCCUUUCCAUCAAGAUGUUGAUCUCAGAAUCGUUGUCUACAAACCCAUCAACUAUUUCAUCCACCCGAUUGCAACAGUCUUCUAAUGCCCCUACUGCUAUGCCAUCAACCACAACAAAUGUUUCCAGCGGUAUGUCGCCAUUUCCACCUUUUGGUAGAGCUUCUCACACACCUACGGGUUCUCAAUCGUUUUUAUCGCCCGCAACCCCAACUGUGUCCAGGUUCAACACCGCUAGUUAUACAACGCAUCCCACAGGUGUAACGGCCACAACGGGAAGUAUAAUGAGCAUUGUCCCUCCCAGCUACAACAACAAAUUGAGGUACCUGUUGAAGGAUAUUUCUCUAAAGGAUGGACUAAUUGCGUUGGACAAUGUGCAGAAUUUGUUUGUGUUUGAUUCCAAGACGGAGUCGUACCGAAAGUUUUACACCAAGCCGUUUGAUCUUCUAGAGGAUUCGAGCCCAGUUGUUGGGACUAAUGACUCAUCCAUAAGUCUUCAGUUGUUCCAAGCGUCUGUUGAGAAGAAAAACCCCUCGUAG